CAACAGGUGGAGGGCGACACCCAGUCCGACAGGUGGCAGUACUCACCUUUGGUAACGUCGCGUCGCGUCGCGUCGGUCUGUUUACAAACAGAAGGAACGAGGGUAACGCUCAGCUUGAGGUAUCGAUCUUAUAAUUAGAGAGAUUCGUCAAUCUUGCUGUAGUUCACGUCUUCGUCGGGAUAAUUGUCGGAAGCGACUUGCGCCAUGUUCACAAACUGAGACCUUGAGGUCAUCUCAGAGUGACAACCGUUCGCGUGUCUAAAAGCUAAUGCUAAAGCUAACCUAGGCUAACUACUCUGCUAAGGCUACAAAGGCUGAGUACCUGGUCUUGUCCUAUUUAGACAGAUGAAUAUAAAUUGUAUUAGGUUAAAUGUUGUGUUUUAGAUUGUGUUGGAGAUUGUGUUUCAGAAUUAGUCAGAAAGAAAAUCACUCGUCCUACUACACGUCAAAACGAGCAAGCUAGCUACUUCAGCUUGCUAGCAGCUUCGAUUAACAAAUAGGGCAAAUAUAACCAAAAAUUGAUAUUUGUGGCUUAUAAAAUGUCAGACAUUUUUAUUGCGUAAGUUUACUUGGUGCAAAUUUCACCGGUUUAAAAGCUGAUAUUAAGUAAUGUCACGUCACCUAAUAUUUAAUACUAUCGUAUGCUGCCAUAGCAUGAGCAUUGCAGCUUCCCUUAUCUGAAAUAAGAUACGGUUACUCAGACUGACUGUCAAUGAGAUAACAGCGAGCUGCCUAAACUACAAUCACUCCUUAUGGCUAGUUUAGGCUUUACUCCUGCCAGUGAGCAGGAUUUUUUCAGCACUGAAACAACGGGACAGUCCAGCUCUAAAGCAAGCAGUGCACUUAGUGGGGAAGAGGCCAAGCAGUUCUACGAAAACUUAAUGAAAGAUGAUCAUAAAGGACAAGAAGUACCAGGGAAUGCAUUUAGGAAAAAAGAUGAUGGCAGAGAGCGUCAGAAUAAACAGAAGAACAGAGAGUCCAGUAGAAGAAUCAGGAGGAGAGUCAGGGCUGCAGAGGUGCAGCAAGAUCAGACUAAUUUAGCGUUGGAAAGAGGGACUGGUAGGGAAAGCGAAGGUGUCCAAAGGAGAGAGAUGACAGCAAGAGAGACGAGCGACUCAGAAAGGUCCGUUGAGCUCCAGGGGCUCCGGUUGCUUCGCUGUGCCCACGAGGGGGACACCUCUGGCCUCAAAGAGCUGCUCUCAAAGGGGGUCGACAUAAACUUCCAGGAUACUUUCUUCUGGACAGCUGUGAUGUGCGCAAGCUGGUCUGGACAAAGAGCUGCGGUGAGGCUGCUGCUGCAACACGGAGCCGCCUGGGUUGGAGUGGUUGAUAUGCAGGGCAGGGAUGCCAAAGACUUGGCGCUGGAAGCAGGCCACAGGGAGGUGUUGGAGGAGUUGGAGAGCUAUGGGAGAAGUGCACAGAGAGACACGCAAUCUGAUAGCAGGUUUGCACAAUGUGCCCCCCAGCCUCAGUGGUGUGGUGUGUGUUCUAGCAAGUACAGCAGCAGCCUGUCGACACAUCUCUCCUCCACUCUGCAUCAGUUUAGUCUGCGGCAUCGUCCAUCCACUCCCUACUACUGUCUUCCCCCCUCCAGCAACGGCUACAAGAUGAUGGUUCGUUGCGGCUGGAAACCAGGGACAGGACUGGGGCCAGAGGGAGAGGGCCCGCAACAGCCAGUGCCAACAGUGCUGAAGAGAGACCAGAAAGGUCUGGGGUAUGGACAGAUGAAAAGAGCCAAAGUUACACACUUCCAAGCCAGGGAUCAGGAUGCCGUGAAACCACCAUCCAAGGAUAAAGAAGAGAAAGGAGGAAAAGGAAAGAGGAAAGAAGAAAGUAGGAGAAAGGAGCUAAAGGAUAAAAACUGGGAAAGAGAUUUUCGUGCCUCUUUUUAUCUUUGACACCUGCCAGUGAUUUCCAUACAAGCCCUCUCCCCCAAACGUAUCUGAAAGUAUCACAAAAACAUUAGUAAGAUCUAUUAUGAAGAGAUGCUGUACCUUUUUUAAUUUAAAACUGUAAAGGAGUUUUCUCAUGGAGAAUUAUAUAAUACCUUGACACUACCUCAAAGCUGAUACUGUGUCCAGUUGUACUAUCACCAAAUGUGGCAUUGUUUUUACUCUGUAUUACUAAAUAUAGUGUAUUUAUUGUUACAUAAGCCCCA